UACUGCUCCACUACCUCAUCGAUGCCUUGCUACAUUUAUUAAAAUUAAAAUUCCAUAAUAAUACACAAUCUAUACCAAAUUCUAAACCAAAUUCCAACCACCCCAAUUUCAUUCAUUCAGAUACCAUUUCUAAACAGAUUACACAUUCAUAGCUUAAUCAUAUUCAUAUAGAUACUCUGUUUUUACUUUUCAUUCUCAAAUAUUAAUUAGUACCUUAAUUUUGACCUUUCUCAUCAUGCUAUAUGGUUAGUACCUUCAAAGAUAAUUCUUAUAUGCACCCUACUACUAACUCCCACCAAAACAUUGCUCCUUCCAUUUCACGUUUCGUCACUUUAUACGUUUCAAUCUUCCAUUUUCUGUUAGAUUCAUCUCAUACAUCACGUGACUAUUAUUUACCCGUUUCUCUAAAAACAAACAAAUUCCUAAUACCCUAUCAAGGUUUUGCAAAACAAGAAAGAAAGAAAAAAAAUCAAUUGAGAUGAAAAAGAGUCCAAGUUCCAGAAAUUUAACAAAUCCAAUUAGUAAAUGGUUUUCUGAUAUUAAUUGGCGUUUUGUUAUUCUGAUUAUUCCUCUGUUUUCUUUUAUCAUAUUCUUCUCUUUCCAUGCACCAAAUUUAAACGCUCUUUCAUCUUUUUCUUCCGUUAAGAAUCUUCUUUUCGAUAUUCCUCUUCAGAAGGUUAAGAAUGGAUUAUUUAUCAACACUGUUAAUAAUUCACCUACGAAGGAUGAAUUGUUACGAUCGAAAAUUGCGGUGUGUUUGGUUGGUGGUGCUAGAAGAUUCGAAUUAACUGGACCUUCAAUAUUGGAUAUGAUAUUGAAAGAGUAUCCGAAUUCGGAUCUUUUUCUGCAUAGUCCGUUAGAUAAGGAUUCAUUCAAGUUUUCAUUGUUGAAGUUUGCGCCGAAAGUUGCCGCCAUUAAAAUCUUUCAUCCUCAACCGUUGCCGGAGAAUGAGUCGUUUGUUCAUGUUCUCACGGCGGAUAACUCUCCUAACGGAAUCCAGGGACUUAUUCAAUAUUUUGACUUGGUGGAAGGAUGCCUAACAAUGAUAAGAUCACAUCAAGUGAAGAACAACAUAACAUACGAUUGGAUUAUUCGAACCCGAGUAGAUGGUUAUUGGAAUGGUCCACUCAGCCCAGAAAAUUUUGUCCCGGGGAAAUACCUUGUCCCACCCGGUUCAUCAUACGGUGGACUCAAUGACCGGUUUGGUGUCGGUGACUUUAAAACCUCAACAAUAGCUUUAUCUCGUCUCUCGCUCGUUCCAAAACUAGAUUCUGCUGGAUUCACAAAUCUCAAUUCAGAAUCUUCCUUCAAAGCCCAACUCACUACUCAAAAUGUAAGCUACCAAACCAAACGUCUCCCAUUUUGCAUUGUUUCAGACCGAAAAUAUGAUUUUCCACCGGCCCGCUAUGGUGUACCGGUUGCGGCAUUGUCGAGUCCCGGUCCAUUAAGUGGAACUAAGUGUAGACCAUGUAGACCGGCUUGUGUAGGCGUGUGCGUGGAAAAUGUGAUGAUGUGGGUUGAGAAAGGGUGGAGUUGGACCGAUUGGGCCGAUGGGUCACUUGAGUUGUGCGAUGCUCAUGGUAGUUGGGAAAAUGGUUGGGAAAAGAUUUUUGAUAGAGUUGCUGGAAAAAAAUUUGCUAAUGCUAGGAAGAGAAUUCACAAUUUGAAAUUUAAUGAUUGUGUUCGAGAUUUCAUUCAGUUGAAAAAACUCGCUGCUCAAUGGAAUGCACCUCCUAUAGAAGAAAUUUGUACUUUGGGGUUAACUCAUUCUUGAGCAAAAUUGAUUAACAGCUAUUUUAGCAUUUAGUAAACAAAAUUGGAGAUCAUAGGAAAGAAGAUACAAUUUUUAUUUGAUAUUUGGAUUUUUAUUUUAAAUUUUUAUAUACUAGUAGGCAUGAUAUACAUACAGAGGAUGUAGGCAUGAUAGAGAGGAUAUGAGAUAAUGUUGAUAUUGGAAUUAGCUUUUUUAUUUUAAACUAUAAUUAAGCGCUUUUAUUUUUAUCAUGUGUUA